AUGGUACCACACUACAUUCUGGUUAUAACACUGGCCGUAGCAGUCAGCGCACGGACAGCAAAUACCCACCAAAAUACCGUUGACGAAGGCAGAAGUUCAGAAGACACAGUUUUAGGUGAUGUCAAAUUCGCAUACGAAACGUACAGGGAUUGCAGCGGCAGUGACAUCUCGAGUUGUCUGAAAGUUAAAUUAGCUAAGUCGUUGAACAGAAUAGCAAAGAGCGACGAAAUAACUCUGCUUGGUGGUAUCACGAUCACAAAGGAUAAGAAUGCAGUCGAAAAAGUGGAAGUUGAGGAGGCUAUUCCAAGAGGUCUUGAUGAGAGAUCGUUGGACAACCUCCUUUUGGACAAAAUCGUUGGAUUCUUGCAAACUCAUACCAUCCAGAUCAAAUUCCCCACUGGUUCAGAACUGCAGCGAGCCUUCGAAGACGGUCGUGGAAGAAGAAAGAAGUUGGCACCAUUCCUCGCCAUCCCAAUCUUGAUCGGAGGUCUCCUGGUGCCACUGGCUUUCGGAGCUCUGGCACUCUUAGCUGGAAAAGCAUUGAUUGUAUCUAAGCUUGCUCUGGUCCUCGCUGGUAUCAUUGGCCUGAAGAAGCUUCUGUCUUCCAACCAAUCUGGUGAAUCACAUGAAGUGGUGGUCGCGUCCAACCAUGGCAGCAAUGGGUGGAGCAGGUCACUCGAUGCAAACGACCUCGCCUACAACGCUUACACUCAGUAA